AUGGAGAAACUUGAUAGUCCAGCGCUCAAGUCUUUUGGCCACAUCCUCUCUCAUGCGGUUAAAGGCAAAUUCUCCAUCCAAAGACCUAGAAAAAUCGUACUCAUAGUCAAUCCACUAGUUCCUGGCCUCAUUUUCCUGAGCGGGCAAACACCUACCGAUGAGACUGGAACUGUUGUUGCUGGUGGAAUUCAGGAGCACACCGCCCAAUGCAUUCAUAAUCUGGGCAAGGUAUUAGAGGCUGCUGGCUCCAGCUGGGAAAAAGUCGUCAAGGUUAACGUUUACCUCGAUGAUAUGAACAACUUCAAGGCUAUGAACGAGGUCUAUGAAAAGCUACUUCCAAAUCCAAAACCCGCGAGAACCUGCAUCCAAGCUGGACACCUUCCCAACUCGGUCGAUGUCGAGAUUGAGGCCAUCGCAACGUACUAA